AUGACUUCGAGCUCUAAGAAAAAGAAGGAAAAGAAGAAGGAUUUUCAGAAAGUCAAAUUAAAGGUUGGCAAGGGGCGACCCAAGGCCGCGAACAGCACAGAUACGAGCUUCAAGGCAAAAUGUAGGUACAUCAACUCCCGCAGCAUUGAACCGUUCCUAAUUUUCAAAGCAAUUGCAUUGAAGCAGCAGUCUCUGUCAACUGUUGCCCCGACAUUGGAAGCGCAAUGUGCGCACCAUUUGGGCCUACUAAAUCAUAAGUCGGACGCCCAGCGACGCGAGUCCCUGGCGUACUUGACUACAGCAAUCGUGAACAACCCUCCCAUGGCUCCUUUACCUCAGCCCGCAUCUGUGAUCAUCCCGGUGGCACAACGACUCAUUCUGGACGGUACCAACAGUGUUCGACAGCAAUUGCUCAAGCUUCUGCACAGCCUGCCACCGGCCGACAUCGCCAGCCACGCUGACCAACUCCUGCUCCAUACUCGAGCUGCAAUGACCCACCUGGCCAACGAAAUCCGGACUUUCGGACUGGACGUGCUGGACUGGUUGCUUGGUGUAGCGGGCGACGAGGUAGUGAGUUGCGCUGGUGGUUGGGUCAAGAUGCUGAAAUGCUUCUUGAGUCUGCUUGGCUGGCAGAGUGAGGCCACAAGCAAAUGGUCUGCGCCGAAAGCCUUUGGUAAGGCAGAUUCGAAAAUGCAAGCCAGGCAGAUGAGCGCGCUCACAACCUUUCUUCGCACAGGUCUGUUCCACGCGCAGGCCGCCACGCCGGUUGUCGUGGUUGGGAACAGUUUUCCGCUCUGGCAGACGGAGCAUCACAGGCUAUCGGAACGAUCUAAUGCGUAUGCGCACCUCAAUCUUUUUGGCGCGACGAGGGAUGAAGAGGCAGAAAUGUACGAGGACAGAGAAGAUCGGCAGAGGAUCUUUCACGAUAGGGCCGAAACAGCAGUCGUCGCAGGCCUUGAGCAAGCAACGAAAGCUGGUGGCGAGCUCGGUCGCGCAGCUGCCCAACUUCGCAAGGUAGUCAAAGACGGUAUGGCAGACUUCUACCGAGAAGAAGUUAUGGUUCCGUAA